AUGGGACUGACCAAUGUAAGUGUCAAGAGGGACUUCACACUAGUAGGUUUCUCUGACCAGCCCCAGCUGGAAAAGAUACUCUUCGUGAUUGUCCUGAUAGCCUAUUUUCUUACAUUGGCAGGAAAUACAGUGAUUUUUUUGAUCUCCUCUGUAGACCCUAAACUCAAAACACCCAUGUACUUUUUUCUUACUCAACUAUCAAUAGUUGAUAUUUGUUUUACCACCAGUGUUGUCCCUCAGCUGCUCUGGAACCUAAAAGGACCAGCCAAGACCAUCACUUCCCUGGGUUGUGCCAUUCAACUCUACGUCUCCCUGGCAACGGGCUCCACCGAGUGUGUUCUCCUGGCUGUCAUGGCUUUUGAUCGCUAUGCUGCAGUUUGUAAACCUCUCCACUACACUACUGUGAUGAACCCACAGCUGUGCCAGGCUCUGGCAGGGGUCGCGUGGUUGAGCGGGACAGGAAAUGCUCUCAUCCAGGGGACUGUCACCCUCCGGCUGCCUCGCUGUGGACACCGAUUGCUCCAUCACUUCUUCUGUGAGGUACCCUCCAUGAUUAAGCUUGCAUGUGUGGACAUCCAUGCCAAUGAGGUCCAGCUCUUCUUUGCUUCGUUGGUCUUGCUGCUCUUGCCCUUAUCACUGAUACUGACAUCCUAUGGACACAUAGCCAGGGCGGUUGUAAGGAUUAAGUCAGAGCAGGCCUGGCACAAGGCCCUGGGGACAUGUGGAUCCCACUUGAUGGUUGUGACCCUCUUCUAUGGGAGCAUCACUGCUGUCUACAUCCAGCCCAACAGUUCUUAUUCCCAAACUCAUGGAAAAUUCAUCUCCCUCUUCUAUACAGUCAUGACCCCAAUGCUUAAUCCCCUCAUCUACACACUGAGGAACAAAGAUGUGAAAGGGGCACUGGUAAGACUAUUUCACAGAGACCCAACCACAUAG